CAUCAUCAAAGAAUUAUUGAAAAUAUUUUUUCUAAAAAUUUUAUUUAAAUUUUAUUUUACAAGUGAUUUCGAAAUUCCCAAAUUACAAUGUACAAAAAAUUCGUUCCGCUCAAUGCCAGCCAGAGUCCCACUAAAAAUCCUCAUGAAGUGAGGACAUUUUUGGGAGAACCUCUAAAGCCGCAACAUCCUGAAUGGCGUACCGAAAAUUGUGGUUACGAUCGAUAUUGUGAUAGUCCACAAAUGUCCGACAAUCGAAAACCCCUAACACUGGAAGAUGAAAUACGUAAAAUACAUCGGCGAACCCAGACAAAUAUCUAUACCAAACGUUGUCGCAAUGCCAAAUGUAAAGAAACAGAUCCAUACCUAACCUGUGUAGUGCCACAGCGUUCGCCAAAAGAUUUAAAACGUCAUGCUGUGUUGCGCGAGAAAUAUUUGAAUCUUCAACGGAAUAUGGGAGAAUAUGUUCAUGAUAUGAAAAAUGUAUAUGCGGUUCAUGCAAAUGCCGUCGAAUUAGAAAGUCCACCUGGGGAAUCGGAAGAAGAAGAUGCCGAAGAACAGGAACAGGAAGCUGUCAGGAAUAAUGUUAGACCUCAAUUGGCCAGCCCAGAAUGUAGCAUGGAAAUGCUAUAUGUUCCAACGCCCAGAAUUCUCGAAUUGCAGCGCCCCAAGAGUGGCGUUUACCUCAACGAAAGUAAACCACCAAAUUUUUAUCCCACCGAUGGUAUACCCUACAGUACUUAUAAUCCGCGAGUCUUACAAAAUCAAUUCGAUCGGCAGCAGUUGAAAAAGAUCGACAUCAUACCGGGCAAAACUACACAAGACUUGUGGACUUGGAAUUUGGGACUGCAACAGCGAGAAAGUGAUUUGGAUAGGCGUUUCAUAGAGACUGCAGUGCAAAAAUUCGAUUGUGAUAAGUCGGAACUGCUGGUCUAUAAGAUACCCGAUGAUUUGGAAAAAACAUUUAGAGCCCAAGUUGUAUUCGGCUCAAGGGCUCUCAAAAUGGAAGCACAACCAGCAAAGAAACAAACAUUCAAUCGCCCCAAAGAAAUGGCAUGUCUCUAUGUGGCCUUUGUGGAAAGUUUCCGUUUAAACUCGGACUUCUGGACCUGUGAAACGUUGGACUACAUUUUGAAAAUGGGCGAAAAGCUAAUUGUCAAGAGUCACAAAAUGAACUACAAAAGUCCGAACAGUGAUUACGAUAUAAUACCGCAAGUGGUGGAGCGCCAGGCAGAAGUUGGUCUAAAACUGCAUUUCAAUGGGACGCUGAAGGGUGAACCGAAUAUUUACAAGGCCUUGAGUUUGUAUUUCAACAAAUACAAUGCCUGUGUGGUGUGCUUGUCGAACAUAUAUCUGCUGAUACGCAAGAGAUGCAAAAACUCCUAUUACAUUUUCGAUCCCAAUGGCAGGGGAGAGGAUUGUGCAAGAGAUUCCGUUGGGGGCAAAUGUGCUCUGAUGCUGACCAACUUUGUUGAACAUUUGGUCCAUUUGGUGGUGAACCUCAGUGAGGCUGCCAGUAUGGGCGAGGAGUUUCAUUUGUAUGAAAUAAGUUUGGUAAAUUUUGGCAAGAUUAGUGAACCUUUGGCCCGGCGACCCUUUCCCAAAAGGUUCCAUAAAAUGUGGACUGUGGUGAAUGAGAGCUAUGCCUUAAUUCCGGGCUGUAACAAUGGCCUGUUUCCACCCACCUCGGGUGUGAUACCGAAUGCCUCAAUGUUGAUUUCCGUAAUGGCCAUAUUGUAUAGCUUAAUUGAACGACCCAUGGACUGGACCUCGGACUCGGUGGAUGAGCUGAUACGCCUGGGCACGGCUUAUUACAAAAGUUUGAGGAGAAAACUAAAGCUAAAGGAUAAUCAACAGAUAAAUGUCACCGAUUUGCCAGAUAAAUAUGUUUUGGGCACAUUUAAGGCCUCGCUGAAGAAGGCUCCAUUUUUCUACACUGGCACAGUUUCAGAUUAUUGUAAAAAGUUUCAGGAUUCCCUGCUGGCUUGUGGCCUUGAGGCUUUAUUCGGGGCCCAGUGGGAGGGAGCUUUAAUACAAAUCGACAAUUGCGUGGUGGCAGCUUGGCGGGAUGGCGAGCUAUUUUAUAUCUAUGAUCCAUUUCGUCGCGACAAGGUGGGCCAUGUUUUGGAUCCCGAGGAUUACAUGUCCAAAGGUUAUGCCGUCCUGCAAAUGCACUCAAAUAAGGACUCCUUUUUGAAACACCUCCAUGAAAAGUCUUUGAAAAUGCGCAAUGGUGGAAAAUUGUUUUUGCAUGCCAUCAAUGUGGGUUGCAUCAAGCCCAUAAUGGAUGGCAAGGUGCGGAAGCUGAGAUAUCCAAAACUUAAAUUGACUCCCGAAACCUAUGCCAAGGAAAAUGGGAGGGAGGGCAAUGAAGCAGAAGGGGCGGCCGGAGAUCAAUUGGCCCAAGUAGACAACCAAACCGGGGGAGAGGAGGGAGGCGAGAAGAAAACCAAGAAACCCAAAAAAUCCAAAAAGGAUAAGAAGGACAAAAAGAAGUUGGAAAAGGUCUGCAGCAUUGAAUCGCUGAAGGAGCACGAACGCCUACCCCUAAUGGAUGAUAAUGAAAUCAUUGAAAGCCUGGCCCAGCGAAUUGUGUGUGAAAUAGUUGACUCCCUACCCGAAUCCGCAGUAGAUAGACCUAAAUUGUAUAAACCGGCUGCCCAGGUCCUCUUGAGGUCUGACAAACAGUACCUGGAACAAUUGGAAUACAUGGUAAGACAUGAUCAGGAUUAUGAUAAUGUCAAUGCAGCUUUUCCCACACAACCACCCGCUGAAAGCCCCACCAUAACCCUGGAAGAGGAAUUGGCCAGUCCCAGUAAUUUCCACAGCCUGCCCGAAGGUACCUGGAUAAUUCUGGGUUCCCAAAAGCAGCCACGUUUGCAUGAAGAACAGGCCAAGGUGAAGGGGUUGUUGUCCUGCCUUGUGACCCUUGGUCUUACGGCACGCUAUAAAAUAUCCUCCUGGACAGCGGAGCUAAUAGAUUAUGCCCUCAGGGCCACGGAGAAGUUUGAGGAAGAUCUACAAACCUAUCAGUAUCUGCUGGGAGCGGUUUUAUCAAUGAAAGUGCCCUCGCUGAGUUUGGGCCAGCGUAGCUAUGAACUAAAGGUGGAGAAAAUAAUUAAAUCCGACCUCAGCAAACCCCUGCGGCAGGUCCUGCUCGAUUGUUUGAUAAACUAUAAUCGUAUCCUGGUCAUAUGCCAGCAAUUCAGCUGUGCCCUGAUAAAACGCUACAACUUCCUUUACAUGUUUGUCGGUUAUCCAGUCAACCAGGUUGGCUAUCGCCAAUUCAAGAGGGGGCCGGCAUGUUUGCUAAGAUCCGUAGAGCUGGACUCGCUAAUAAGGCGCAUAGAAUACGGCUGUAAUCCCCAGGGCUGCGAUGUAACCAAUUAUGUGGUCAUCCCUGUUAAGGUAUAUGACAUCACGCCCGAGGAAAUUGGGCGCUAUCGGCCAUGGCCAGCCAAUGUGGAGCAGCGUAUGUAUCGCCAGGCAUUGAAGGAACAACAACGCCGAGAGCAAAGUAAAAAGUCCAAAUUGGAAUUUUUGGAAAAUGAAUUGCUCGUGGAAAGGGAACGUUUGGAGGAGUUCCAAGAGGCCAAGGCCCAAGCCAAACAAAAAAAAGUCAAAUGGCCUCGAAACAAAGAAACCUCUGCUGAAGCAUCUUCGGAAGAUGAUCACACUGUGGUGGCAGAUAAUGAAUAUGACGAUGAAACCCCUACAGAUUUACCACCCAAACACCAGUUCGGCUCCAAACUUCCACAACAACGUGAGGAAUCUCUCCCUCAACCCCUACUCUAUGGCUACCACCUGCGUCACAAAGAUUAUCUCUUCAAAAUACAGGGCAGUAAAUUCCUGGAGGGUCGUGACGAAUGUCUUUGGGAUCAAAUAAAACCCUGUUUCUUUGCCAGCACCCUGUCCAUACUCUACGCCAUUCUCAAGCCCCACAAUCAAUGGACCGCACAGCGCAUAGAUCAAGUAAUCGAUUCCACGCGGAUUCUUUGUGAUGCCAUUGACGAUUUCUCCAAUUCUUCGGAGAGAAUUGUCAAAAAUAUUUCCGUCGAGGAUUACACCUUUGACAUAUGGAUAAAGAUUUUUGAACCUCUAGGUCUUAUUGGAGACCUCGGGCAGCAAAUUGAGAGAGCCACCAAAGCGCGGAAGUAUCUACUGAUCCACACUGCAAAUUCUAGCUAUGCCAUAUGUCGCGAUGUUCAUUUCCAUUUAUUUGAUUCGUACUCCUCAAUGCAUGUCCUGGAUAAUAUGCCACGAAGUGACAUCGUGGAUGAGGAGGAUGGAGAGGGGGAGGAACGUAGUAGGCGAAAGAGAUUCAAGGCGAUGAAAGGUGUUAAACGUUAUCCGGAACGUAAUACUGCUUCGUGGAUUCUAUUUGCCGAUAUCAAGUCCCUGGUGCAUUAUAUGGAUCAAAGGGCCUGCAGUCCGACGUGGAAAGAGGACGGGGAGUAUUCAUUUUUUGUCGUCGACAUCAUCUCCUACAAGAAAUCUCCUCUCACAGCGAACAUACUUCAACUGCUAACAGGAGUGGAUGCCUGCAACAUUCCCGGCGAGGAGGAAGCGGCAAUAUGUGCCCACAACGAAACCCCUGCCUGGCUGGAACAUUGCCUACCCAUUUGGAGUCGUUUGAAUCGAAGAAAUGCCGCAGGGAUAUAUCGCGGAACAGCCGUGUCGAAAUAUAAGAAAUUUGAUAUUGAAAUUGAAAAUCGCCUGUGGUCCCUUUGGGGUAAUUUACAUCCUCAGGCCCCGGUGUUUGAUAGUAAAAAUCGUGGUAAACAAUAUUUGGCCUGUUGUGUUAUGGCCUUGUGUGCGGCUCGACUAUAUCGCCUGGCCGAUUGGAGUUCUCAACUUAUGGAUGCGAUUAUCAUCAAUGGGGAUCGGUAUCACGAGCAGAGUAUUGCCGACAUUAAGAUACGCGACUAUGAAAUGCGUGCCGAAGAUCUGGAUGUUGAAUGCCGGCUGGAUAAUGUAAAAUUUUCGGUCCACAUUGAGCCACUGUGCUAUGGCCAAUUGUACUGCCGACCCAAUUUCAAUCGUAUGAAUUUAGCCGAGGCUCUGAUGUACUUCUUCAACACCCACCACCAAUUUGGUUUGUUACAAUGCUCGAAGAAAUGUCUGGCUUUUGGUCGCCUGCCCGGUCAUGAUGGUGGCUAUUUUAUGUUCGAUUGUCAGAGUCGUGAACAUCCGCUGUUUCCCAAGGGCCAAGGGGCCGCCUAUGUUUUGCGUACAAAAUAUUUACAAAUUUUACUCUACUGUCUCGUGGUCACUCUGAAUAUUCCCUAUUAUAAUGUCCAAUUUAUGCUGCACAGAGUUGAGACGCUGCCGGAGAAUACAUCCGUGGAGGAUGACGAUGGACGAGGUAGCUCAAGGGCUAGUCAAUGAGGGGUUAUAUCGAAUGUGUCAAUUGUGAGAAAAUUUUAUGUUUAAAUAAAAAUUAUUGAAUGUCGCCUCACAAUUUAAAAA